CGGGGGGAUAAUGAAGCAGAGCUAGUUACCUGCGAAAGCACAGAGUACGCACAAGUUAGAAAUUCACAGGAAAUGCACUGUGGUUUGGCUUCAAAAAGUUCAAAGAGCAGCGCGAAGCCAAACUAGACUAAGGGUGUUUUACUACAGUAUAUUUAAAAAAAAAUUAUAUUAUGAUUACAAUGAGCAAUUUUCGCUUUCUCUUGGGGCUUGUAUUGUUCAUAAAAAACUGUCUGAUGGCUCCGCCUGAUAACUGCCUGACAGGGGAAGGAAAUGUCUCCACCAAGAUGACCAUCUGUGUCCAUGGUUGUUGUGCUGUGAUAGUCAGUCGAAUCUGCGAGAAAGAAAAGAGAGACCACUAUUUUCUGUCUUCUAGCUUCAAAAAUGAAAAAAAAACAACUAACAAUGGACUUCUAAAUUCUCAUUUCAUGUAGUGGAAAUCACAAAAUCGUAACUAUUGUCAUUUUAUUUUAUUUUUAUAAAUAAAUUGCAGAGGAGCUACCCAUCAUUUUGGACAUUUGACAGAAUGAACACCAUCCUUAUCUCCUCACUGCUGGGUGUAGCUGCAUUUGUUCUCCAAGUUGCUACAUCUAAAGAGACUCUAAAGGCCAGUGUGUCUGUGUGGCCUCCGGGGUCGAACAUCUACCUCGGUGAGUACGUGUUGCUGCAGUGCUCCGUGGAGUCAAACUCCAGUUUUGCGUGGAGCUACCAGUGGUUAAAGCACAAACCCCGCGCCGCUCUUGCCUCGACCUCCAAUCCCAGGCACCUGGUCUCAGGUGACAGCUACUCCAUCACCACGGUAACGAGAGAGGACGCGGGCAGCUACCGGUGCCAAGCCGAGCGGUGGGAGAGCAACCGCAGCUCUGUGGUGCUCUUCAGCCAGCCGGCCACACUCAGUGUGUCAGAGCUGCCUCCUCCCUCACUCCUGACUCUGACUCCCAGCACCAGGCAGCUCUUCAGUGGGGAGAGUUUCACUGUGAAGUGCCACGGCUCUCAGACCAACUCCUCGAGCUGGAUCCUGAGGCGGUUCCCCGAGGGCCGUGGAGUGAAGAACACGGUCUCACAUACUGACCGAUGUUCACCACUCGGGGGUGCUGUAAGCGCAGGCACGUCUGACACGUGUGUGUUCACUGCUGCCAGCGGGAACAGUGGACUGUACUGGUGUGAGGGCGGCGAGGGCCGCAGCAACGCAGUCCACAUCACAGUAAGCGAUGGGGCCAUCAUCUUGAAGACCCCUUCCUUCCCUGUAUUUGAGGGUGAUAACGUGGUCUUGUAUUGCCAGUACAAGACCAGCAAUCACAGUGAAAUAACCUUCUUUAAAGAUGGAGCAGAGAUCGUCACUUCCAGCUCCUCCGGUUCAGACCGAGUAACAAAGAUGACUUUAGAGAAUGUGACACAGGAAGAUGAAGGCUUCUACAAGUGUGCGUCCCAGGACAGAAAGCUGGAGAGUCCAGAGAGCUGGUUAUCAGUGAGACCUGAUCGAGGCAACUUCACAUCAACGGAUUGGACAGCCAACUCCAUUAGUGGCUCCUGGAAAUGGAUCGUUCCAUGUGCAGUUGUACCUCUGCUCCUCAUCCUUGUAACUGUUUGGCUAGUACGUCACUACAGUUACCAGACGCUUGGCACCCGUAGGUGCUGGUCAUUUUCCAAAGAGGAGCUUCCAGCAGUGGAGAGUCCUGCGACCAAACAGGACGUGACAGAAGUACAGUGGGACCUGUCCUGGAUGGAGAUGUCCAGUCUGUUGGAUAAACAGUUAUAUCCUGGCACUUAAAGGAGACUCACUCUUACCUGGAGCAUAGAGAAAAUAUUGAGAGCUAUCAGGUACUCCAGUCAGUCACUGAUGUAGUAGUGAUUGAAGGUCACAUGUCAACACAGUCCAAGCUUAAGGGGUUCAGCGACAUUCAGCAUGUAUAUUAAAGUGCUCAUUUUCAGGUUCAUAAUUGUAUUUAGAGAUUGUACCAGAAUAAGUUUAUGUGGUUUCAUUUUCAAAGAACAUAUUUUUGUUGUACUGCACAUUGCUGCAGCUCCUCUUUUCC